CGAACGAAUAAACCAACCAGUUUGAUGGGAAACGUGGAGUCGGAAGGUGUUGUUACACGGCUCCGUAAAAUAACGUUUACAUUCUACAUUGUUUAUAAACAAAAUUCGUCACUAAUCUCUUUUGAAUCUUCUGUUCGUGAAUAAAAUUAAAAACUUUCUAGUAUUACCGCUUUAAUUAGUGUGUCAGCUCAGAUUUUCAAUUGGAUGUUUUAUUCCUGUGUGUAAUGUUGUGUCGGCGAGAACUCAACAUCGGCGAUUUUGUUGGACAGUGGUUGAAAAUGUGAUACAAAUGUCGUGGUAAAGACUUGAAUCUGAUCUGGUUAUAAUCCGAAAAGAUUUCAAGGCAAAACCAUGAAGAGGGUCUUAGCACUAUUGUUUUUGCCAUUCUGCCUAGCCCAUUUGAAUGUUUACCUGAGCAGUGAAGAAGUAUGGAGAUUACUUGGUCUAACAGCAGAACUAUACUACGUGAGAGAUGGACAGAUUAAUUACUAUGCCUUGAAUUUCAUUGUGCCUGUGCCAGCAACAAUAGAAGAAUUGCAUUUUACGUGGCAGAGUCUCACUAGAAGACCGUUACCAUAUACGCUGCAUGUCGACGUGAUAUCUCAUCCAGAGGCCAUGCAUGCACCAUCUCCAAAUAUCUCUAGAGAAGGGUUAGUCCCCACGGAGCCGCAGACAUGGCGAGUGGACCUACCGUGCACACACAUGGUGGCCGCCGAAGUAGACGUUACAAUUUCCCUCAACGUUUCCACUGGCUCUUCCUCGAGCGUUUUGCAUUUCCGACGGAAAAAGAUCUGUUUGAAAGAUGCAAGAAGACCCGCUGUGAGAGUCGAUAGUGUGCCUCAUGCGCCGACGUCAGCAGAUAUAUUUUACGCGGGAGCUGGUUGUGCUGGCGGCGUGCUUCUUAUAGCAGCAGUGGCCGCAGCGGCCUGCAGAGCUCGGGCGAGGAAACUCCGUCGCGCUCGCAGCGACGAACAAGAUGCCCACGCGUUCUUACCAGAUUCAUCGUGCAAGUCCGCUGCCAGUUAUACCAGCUACCGCCGCCCUACGUCCAUCCCAGUCGCCGCUGCAGAGGAGCGAGCUAGAGAUCUACAGCAAAGAAUUGCCGAGUUGACGAUACAGAGGUGCCGCGUCAGACUGCGGUCCGUGGCUAUGGAGGGAACGUUCGGACGGGUUUAUAGAGGAUCUUACGCAGACGAGGAUGGACGAGAGCAAGAAGUGCUUGUAAAGACUGUUGCUGAGCAUGCCUCACAAGUGCAGGUGUCAUUACUGCUUCAAGAAGGUUGCAUGCUCUACGGGUUGCAUCACGAGCGAGUGUUUUCGGUACUUGGGGUCAGCAUAGAGGACCAAACUGCUCCCUUCUUGUUGUACCCUUGGAACGCUAGCUGGAGGAAUCUCAAACAGUUCCUGUUGGCUUGCCGAGGUGUGACCGUGGGCGGGGCAGCCGGAGGAGCUCCGCCCCCGCCAUUGACGACACAACACGUGGUCAGAAUGGCCCUCCACGCUUUAGAUGGCCUGGCGUACCUUCACUCGCAGCACGUUCUACAUAAAGACAUUGCAGCGAGGAAUUGCAUAGUGGACGAAAACUUACGAGUGAUGAUCGCAGACAAUGCACUAUCAAGAGACCUGUUCCCUGCCGAUUACCACUGCUUAGGGGACAAUGAGAACCGGCCGAUCAAGUGGCUGGCCUUAGAAUCCCUUACUAAAAGGCAGUUCAGCCCGGCGGCAGAUGUUUGGGCUCUAGGAGUGUUGCUGUGGGAGCUGACGACUCUUGCGCAUCAGCCUUACGCAGAGGUCGACCCGUUUGAGGUCGCCGCAUAUUUGCGGGACGGGUACAGAUUGCAGCAGCCCGCAAAUUGCCCUGAUGAGCUAUUUGCUGUGAUGGCGUACUGUUGGGCGAUGUCGCCCGACGACCGGCCGACGCUCCCCCAACUUCAAAUCUUCCUAAGGGACUUCCACACACAACUAACGAGAUUCGUCUAAGCCAUUCCCAAGGAACCGUAAAAGACAAUCCAAAGACGACAAUAAAUUUAAAGUGAACAUCUGAAUGAGGCCUUAUCGUGAACGAAAGUGUAGUGAAGUGACGUUCGCCGAUUUCGUAGUGUUGUUCUUGAAGAGACUGAUUUUUAUAAAUGUUUAUCUAUGUGUAAAUUAUAGAGAUUUAUUUUGACUUCGGCACGUAUUUUUCCCUUUUGAUUUAUCCCAUUUCACAAUGAAAAUGUUUUGAGUUUUUUUUUAAUAAUUCAGCCAUUAAUGACGUAGUGGCGUAUGAGUAGGUCGUUGCAGGGUUAUGUUUUCCUUGUACAAGGUUUAACCUGGACAUUUAAAUUUUUUGUUUUUUUUUUUUGCUUUCUUUAACAUCAGUAUGAGGUUUGUUUAACCAUUUUCAAACACAUACCUAUUAUGUGCGUUUGUUUCGUUAUGAAGUCACGAACAGAAAUAUUAUGAUCGAAGGAAAUAAAGCAGGGCAUUAUUUGUAAAGAUUAUAGGAUUUAAUCAACAAAUUGAUUGCUUCUUGUUAACUUUUAUUACCUUUUUGAAACAAUGAGGGUUACAUCAAGACUACAUAACAUAUUGUAUACAAAGGAAUGUAUUAUUAUAUUUUUAAAAAGUAUCUAAUACAUAAUAAGAGUACCUAAUGGAAGUAAAAUGAAACAAAGAAAUAUAGGUCCUUUGGUAUAAAUCAUCUUACUGAAGCACUGUACUUUGUUUAUAAAUUAUUCUUUAUUCUUGGUUGUUUAUCUUUAUAAGAAUUUGUAAUAAAAUAUAGCAUCGUUAAGUAAGUAUCUCGUAACACAAGCCCAGAACUUACAUUUGAGGCUAAUUUAAUCUGUGUAAUUUGUCCCGUAUUUAUUUAUUUAUAAAUACAUACUUACAAUAACAUUCAUAUGUUUUUUUAACGUUAUAAGAAGUGUAAAGUGCGUGCCAGAAGUAUAUCUGUAACUUUUUUUAAACCUCCAUACUGCCAUAUUAGAAAUAAGUUGUAAAUAAUAGUGAUGUAUCAUACGUAUUGAAUGUGCCUCAGAUUUUAUGAAAGAUUUAGAUGUUUAUUAUACGUGUUUAAUUGGAAAUUAAUCUGUAAGACUGUUAUAAUAUCAAUUUAUUAAUAACAUAUAACAACAUUAUGUAUGUUUAUUUUUUUUUAUUGACAAAGUCUGGUGUAGUUUUUUGCUUACCCAUCGACUUAUCUUCCCUUAGAACCGAUUGAUGACCAAUUACUGCCUGCGAGACGACAUGAUACUUUAUUCUUUUUCCCUUUUUUUCAUAAAUUAUUUCAUACAGUUGGAUAAAUUGUAAAAAAUAUAAUUUCUUAGCUCAUUUGAGAUGUUAUGUUGCCUCCGCAUAGUUUUUGUUAUGUGGUGUAGGUCUAUUUUUAAUUAUUUAAAAGGACUUCAUAAUUUACUACUUUUUACCUACUUAAAGUCAUGUUCAUGAAAAAUUAUCAUCAUGCAUCAGCUUUAGAAAAUUAAUAUCUCGUAAUAAAUAAUAUAUUUAAAACAAUCCAUUUACAAUUUUUUAAUACUAUAUACUAUUAGAUAAUUCUAAAUAUUCUUAUCAUCAAUAAAUUUUUAGUACUUUCACCUUCAUUAGGAACUCUUCUAUGAAUGAUUGGUUCCUAAUGAAGGUGAAAGUACUUUUUUCAUUUUAUUAAUUUAAUUAAAUAUUUGUUGGUUGAUUGUUUUAGAUAUAUGUAUGACCCAUAACUAUCGAUUGAUGUGAUUUAUUGAACAAUUAUAUUAAAAAAUGACUAAGCAUGAUUUUUAAUUAAUUUUCUUUCAUCAUACAGUGAUUAUGUAACAACAAGAGUGAUCUCGAUUUUUUAAAUAUGUUUGUAUUGUAUAAAAUAAAGAUGGUGAGGCGAUUAAGUAACUUGUAAAUAUUGUAAAUAAGACGGAAAUGUGAAUAUACGAGUGAUAAUAUUGA